UGAUACAUCCCACAUCACUACUAAAGCACGUUAGCAGCAGCAUCAGAACCGCCUUUGUUUGCUUUCGUCCUCCUCGGCGAAUUUUGCGGCUGCUCACGUUCGUGUCCCCCCGCCCCAUCUGAGCGUCACUCUAGCUCGGCGUUUAUCUCCCGCAUUGCCGCUGGUUUUGCAGCUCCCCGGGGUUUGCCAGGUCGAUUUGUGCCUUGGUUCUUGCAAUCUUUCAGCUCUUUGUCUGCGAUUGAUGGUCCGCCGCUCAAGAUUUCUUUAGGUGGCAUCUGUCCCAGAUUGAUAGAGGGUUUCAGGCACACAUAUUUGGGAGCUUAAGAGCAUUCGUCUGCUCGAUCUGCUUACCCUUUUCCAUCUUGCCCCUGCUUUACACUCUAGCAAUUAUUCCGAGGAGUUCUUGAGCACCUUUGCUGCUUUCCCCACCGUUUCAAUCAACCCAAGCGAAAAGAUUGUUCCCCUUGAGCAGAGGAAGGGUUCGAUUGAGAAAUGGCUGAGGUGAAGCCUGAGGAUAUGGUCCAUCAUCCACCCAUGGAUCAGCUGCAGGGGUUUGAGUACUGCAUAGACUCUAAUCCUUCUUGGGGGGAGGCAAUUGCUUUGGGAUUUCAGCAUUACAUACUGUCCUUGGGCACUGCUGUGAUGAUCCCCACAAUGUUGGUUCCUCUUAUGGGGGGAAAUGAUCGUGACAAGGCAAAAGUGGUUCAAACACUGCUAUUUGUGACUGGGAUAAAUACACUGCUCCAGACACUAUUCGGCACUCGCCUUCCCACUGUCAUUGGCGGUUCAUAUGCAUAUGUUGUUCCGGUCCUCUCCAUAAUCCAUGAUCGCUCGCUCACGCAAAUAGCUGAUGGCCAUACUAGGUUCGUGCAGACAAUGAGAGCCAUACAGGGGGCAUUGAUAGUCUCGUCAAGCAUUCAGAUAAUUCUUGGCUAUAGCCAGCUGUGGGCAAUAUGCUCUAGGUUCUUUAGCCCACUUGGGAUGGUUCCAGUGGUUUCAUUGGUGGGGCUUGGCCUUUUCGAGAGAGGAUUCCCACUGAUUGGGAGCUGCGUGGAGAUUGGUCUGCCGAUGCUUAUCCUAUUUGUUGCUCUUUCCCAAUAUCUCAAGCAUGUUCAUGUUCGGCAUGUUCCGAUUAUGGAGAGGUUCUCAAUGCUGGUGUGCAUCGCUCUUGUCUGGGUCUAUGCUCACAUUCUAACAGCAAGUGGUGCAUACAAGCAUACUGCACUUGUCACCCAGAUCAGUUGUCAGACAGACCGUUCCAACCUCAUCUCUUCCGCGUUAUGGAUAAGCAUUCCAUACCCAUUGCAAUGGGGCCCACCAACAUUCAAUGCAGACCAUGCAUUUGGCAUGAUGGCCGCAGUAAUGGUGUCGCUUAUAGAGACAACUGGCGCAUUCAAGGCUGCUGCCCGGUUGGCAAGUGCGACACCCCCACCAGCAUAUGUUCUGAGUAGAGGUAUCGGAUGGCAGGGAAUUGGUACCCUACUGGAUGGGCUAUUCGGCACUGGGACUGGCUCUACUGUAUCUAUUGAGAAUGUUGGUCUUCUAGGAUCUACAAGGAUUGGUAGCAGGAGAGUGAUACAAAUUUCUGCUGGUUUCAUGAUCUUUUUCUCCAUACUUGGAAAAUUCGGAGCACUUUUUGCAUCCAUUCCUUUCACAAUAUUCGCUGCCAUAUACUGCGUUAUGUUUGGUAUUAUUGCGGCCGUGGGGCUAUCCUUUCUGCAGUUCACCAACAUGAACUCUAUGCGCAACCUCUUCAUUGUUGGUGUUUCACUCUUUCUUGGCUUAUCUAUACCGGAAUACUUUUCUCGGUAUAUGACGAGUUCUCGGUCAGGCCCAGCACACACAAAGGCUGAAUGGUUCAACGACUACAUCAACACCAUCUUCGCGUCGCCCCCAACUGUCGCUCUUAUUAUUGCUGUACUCCUUGACAACACGCUCGAUGUCAGAGAUGCAGCAAAGGACAGGGGGAUGUCAUGGUGGGCGCGGUUCCGGACAUACCGAGGGGACAGCAGGAACGAAGAGUUCUACACCCUGCCGUUCAAUCUCAACAGGUUCUUCCCACCAUCUUGAGCAGAAGCUUCCAAGGAACGCGUAAUGCAUUCAAAGCACCAAAGGAAGCAAUCGUUGCAUUCCAGAUUUGCAGUGUCGUCUGCCUUUGAUAGAGUAGAAGAAGAGAAGAUAAAAUGAGGAUGCCGCUUAACUUAGUAGCAAGGAUGGAGGAAUUUUCCUUCCAGUUGUCGAUUGUACAUAGACCUUAGUUUUUGAAAUCAAGAAUUUUGAAUUUGCUCUAUGCAAUCCUAGAUUUGCUUUAGAAAAUUAGGAAGCUUCUUAUCUACCAGUCUCUACACGAACUAAGGAACAUACAAAUAGCAAUUUUCAUUUCUCUAAGAUAUCAAAUUCCCUUUUUAUUACCU